UUAAAAGCCGGACUUGCGGAAAAAAACCAUCACAUUUUCUCAGUACAAUUUUCCCAAAACCCACAACAUAACCCUGUUGGAAAUAUGCUGUUGGCACCAUUUCUUAUCAUUGGUUUCGUGAAACUGUCCCUAGCUGAUGAAAUUUCGACAUACGACAUGCAGCUUGUCAAGGUUGAAACCGUUGCUGGAUCAGAGCAGUACUUCGAGUACAAUUACACCCUGGAUAAGCUAUCUGAGAUGAGCUUCAAGAUUUCCGGAAAUAUUCGCCAGCUAGUAAUAGCGGAUAACCGCUAUGAAAUCUCGAUGAAACUCAGUCGAGCAGAGUUGAGUGACGCCGCAGAUCCACCAGCCUAUGAAGAACUUAUAGAAGUUACCAAACCACUGUGCGAGUUCCUCAAGUCUAUCUACCGAAUGUACUUCUACGAAGAUCUGAAAGACAUCAGUAACUUUCCGCACUACGACACGUGUCCCUUGCCGGUGGCUGAUUAUUGGUUUAAAGACUACGCCUUCGAAGGCGAAAGCUAUCAGGCGUUCAUGAGCGAUGGUCGUUACAAGCUCGAGUGUUAUCUGAUGCAGGAAGGCGUAAUCGCCGGAGGUGCCGUCGCCAGCAUCACCAUCACACCCAUUGCAAAAACUGAAUAAAUGUUUUGAAUAGUUUCUGUUAAUA